AUGUCUGCCAACGGCGACCCCAAAUACGAUGAUAUUGAGUCCGAGUCCGACUCUGGCGACUCCAUCAACGACCAGAACGACGCCGGCGACCUCGGUGACGAUAAUCUUAAGCCCGCCCUCAAGAAGUCGUCGGCCUUCGUCCCCGAAGCCGAAUAUCAGAAGCCUCCCCUGCCCCCGCAAACCGACCCCAAGGAUCUCGACGUCUCGACCCUGACGCCUCUGACCCCUGAGAUCAUCGCCCGCCAAGCCACCAUCAACAUUGGCACCAUUGGUCACGUCGCUCACGGAAAAUCGACCGUCGUCAAGGCCAUCUCGGGUGUCCAGACGGUUCGCUUCAAGAACGAGCUCAUUCGUAACAUCACCAUCAAGCUAGGGUACGCCAACGCCAAGAUCUACCAGUGCGACAACCCCCAGUGCGCUCGCCCGACAUGCUUCCGGAGUUACAAGAGCGACAAGGAGGUCGACCCCCCUUGUGAGCGCGACGGCUGCUCUGGUACCUACCGUCUCCUACGUCACGUCUCAUUCGUCGACUGCCCGGGUCACGAUAUUCUCAUGAGCACCAUGCUGUCGGGUGCCGCCGUCAUGGACGCCGCCCUUCUCCUGAUUGCCGGAAACGAAUCGUGUCCUCAGCCCCAGACGUCCGAGCACUUGGCUGCCAUUGAGAUCAUGAAGCUGGAUAAGAUCAUCAUCCUGCAGAAUAAGGUCGACCUGAUGAGGGAGGAGGCCGCCCAGCAGCACCACGAUUCUAUUCUCAAGUUCAUUCGUGGCACGGUGGCCGGCAAGUCGCCUGUCAUCCCCAUCUCGGCCCAGCUCAAGUUCAACAUUGACGCCGUCAACGAGGCCAUCGUCAACACCAUUCCCGUCCCCCCCCGUGACUUCACCAUGGACCCUCACAUGAUCGUCAUCCGAUCCUUCGACGUCAACAAGCCCGGUGCCGAGAUCGACGACCUCAAGGGCGGAGUCGCCGGUGGCAGUAUCCUCCACGGUGUCGUCAAGCUGGGCGACGAGAUUGAGAUCCGCCCCGGUAUCGUCUCCCGCGACGAUGGCGGCGCCCUCAAGUGCACCCCCAUCUUCAGCAGGGUCGUCUCGCUCAACUCCGAGUCCAACGACCUCAAGUACGCUGUCCCAGGUGGCCUCAUCGGUGUCGGAACCCGCAUCGACCCCACACUCUGCCGUGCCGACCGUCUCGUCGGCUUCGUCCUGGGUCUCAAGGGCCGCCUCCCCGAGAUCUACAGCGAGAUCGAGGUCAACUUCUACCUCCUCCGCCGCCUGCUGGGUGUCAGGACCGCCGACGGAAAGCAGGCCAAGGUCGCCAAGCUCGCUAAGAACGAGGUCAUCAUGGUCAACAUUGGUUCCACCUCGACCGGUGCCAAGGUUGCCGCCAUCAAGCAGGACGCCGCUAAGCUCGUCCUCACCAGUCCCGCCUGCACCAACAUUGGUGAGAAGGUUGCUCUCAGCCGUCGUAUCGAGAAGCACUGGCGUCUUAUUGGCUGGGCUACCAUUGCAGCUGGUGUCACUCUGGAGCCUAGCUCUACGUAA